AGCACGUUCUGAUAUAAAGGAGCGUGCGAGUGUAAGAAGAGUAGUAUCAACGUACGUGUAGCGUGUAGCGAGGCUCAUUGUCACGAGAUGAACGCCAUCCUGAUCCCGUACUUCCUAGCGGCCUACGUAGCCGUCAAUGACACGUCGGAAUGGACAUUCGGGCCAGAGUACGCAUACGACAUGAAUAUCACUUAUAUAAUGAAACCAGACCCCCAUCAACCUAUCCACAAGCUGCAACUGAUCUCUACGAUAAAAUGUCGUCCCAAAACGCCGGACAAUCUAUUUUGCCAUUUGUACAAUUUAACGGAAUCGGAAUUAUUUGAAAAUCACAACAUGACGCGAGAAGCACAAACGGAACAAAUGUUUGAGAUUAAAUUUAAUGAGCACGGUGUGGAAGGUUUGGUGAUCGAGCCACCGUCUCGCAUGGAAGUCGUCAACGUCCUCCGAAAGAUCGCCACUCAGUUUAAUGUGGUUGUCGAUCGGCGCAAAAUUGGCAUGUCACAGUUUAUGGCCAGGGAGAACUCGACAAUGGGCGAUUGCGCGGCCGUGUACAGAAUCACGCGUGAAGAACCCGAGACGGAUACGAGCGAGAAAAUAGAUAACGAUUUUCGGCUCGUGAUAUUGCCACUGGCCGACGCGAAACCUGAAACGACUCUCUUGAUUCAGAAAUCUCGGAUGGGAUGUAUUAAUCCACCGCGAUACGUCGAUUUUUCAAGGGGAAUCUUAGAAAUGAGGAGAUUCGUCAGCAAAAUACAGAUCAAUUCAGACAAAUUCGAAACCUUCACCGAAUUCGAUGGAAAAGUAAGAUUUUCGACUGAAUCCGAGAUUAGGAUAUUAUCGUUUAAAGAAAUAAUACAGAUUAAUCUAAACAGCAUUGAACCUGCACAAAAUCAACUUCCUUCCCUUUACUACGGCGAACUGAUCGAUUUAAAUACUAAUAAUGAUAUUCCAAGCAAUUUCAUAAAUUAAAGCGACAAUAUAUCUCUACGCUCCGAUAAUACAUGCAGAUGACGUUACACUGUAGCCAAGUUAUACACAAUUUGCAGGUAUUAAAAUAUCUAAUCAAAUUAAAACUAUCAAACUGUAAACAAAGUUGAAUAAACAGUACUUGUAAAAUGCUUGUAAAAA